AUGAAAAAGAAAAAAAAGAGCGGUGAAGAUGAUGUAUGGGAUGAAUCAUUAAACGAUUUUAUGGAAAUAAAUAAAAAUAGUUGUAGUUUAACAAGAGAUACCAUACAUGGUCGUCUUCGACCUGAACCAGAAAUAAUAGAAAAUAUAUUAGAAGAAUUAGAGAAUAAGAUAAGACAUUAUUUUAAUUUAUAUCAAAUAGAGAAGGAGAAAAGGACAUGUUCAGAUAAGAAUAAUUAUUAUUUACAGAAGGAAUUAUAUAAAGCAUAUGCAACAUUAGACAAGAAUAAAUUAUAUACUAAAAAAUUAGAAGAUAAAUUAAAUAGUAUUAAAGAAAAUGAAUGUAAUUUAAUAGAUACAGUACGUCGUAUUGAUUUGUUAUAUAUUCAAUUAGAUACAUUAGUACAAUCUUUUGCAGGUAUAUGUACUCAAGUAAUUAUUGAAAUAAAUGAAAAUAAGGAUAAUGUAAUGAAUACCCUUGAUAUAAAAAAAAGGAAAACCGAAACAAUAAAGAUGUUAUUAGAUUAUAUAUAUCCUUGUCGAACACUUGACCCACGUCUUAAUUCAUUAUAUGGAAUGUUAUAUUAUCAAUCUAUUGGUUUAUUAAAAGAUGAAAGUUUUGUAGGUCCUCCUAUUCCUCCUAUACCACCUGUAGUACCUUCUGAAUCUAAUGGAUGGUUACCUCCAAGUGGUAGUAAUAAUAAUAAGAUGAUGAUAACAAGUGAGAAUAAUAUGAAUAUUUUAGCAGAUCAUCGUUUUUCUGAUUUAAUAAGAAUGGUUCAUAGUGGCCAAAAUGCCGUAAUUAAUUAUCCUGAUAUCAUAAAAAAUAUGUAUGAUCAAAAUGAUAAGAUAGGUACCAAAAAUUUAUCAAAUGCAGAAAAUGUUUCCCUUACUCAAAAUAAAAAUAAUAUAAAUAAUAUAAAUAAUAUAAAUAUUAAUGGUAGUAUUAAUAGUAAUAAUAUUAAUAUGAAUGAAAGAGGAAGUUAUUAUAAUCAGUCACUCAAUAUAGAUGACUUGACUGGAUUUGACGUACAUAUAGGUAUCAUGGAAAUAAAUUGCCCUAUGAAUGAUCCUAAAAUUGUAUGUGUUGUAAGAUAUGACGAUGAAAGUGUUAAUUCAGCUAUUCAAGAUGUUCAAAGGGUUAGUAAACCUAAAAGUCCUGACCAGGUUAUGUCUACAGGAGAAUACAUUUUUAAUAUUGAUAAUAAAAUUCAUUUGAAUAAUUUACCCCAAAAAAAAACUGGUGAUGUCCCAAGUUUUAUGAUAGAUAUACAUGAUGUUAAUGGAAAGGAGUUAAUUGGCACAUGCUCAUGUUCUUUUAUUAAUGAGAAAACCUUAAUAAAAAACAGUAUUUGGGAUAUAUAUUCUAAAAAAAACAAUUCAACACCAGAUGUGAUAAUAGGAAAAAUGUAUGUAACUAUAUCUCCAUAUCCAUCUAAGUCCAUUUUGCCUGCACAACUUUUUAAGAAUGUAAAACAUUCUCAAUAUAAAACACCAGGUAGGGUGGAAUCUGAAAGUGGUGUAUUAUCAAAAUCUAAUGUAGAUAUGUCAAAAAAUAUGAAUGACACGAAAAUAUCUACAAAAGGGAAGGUAGGCUUUCAAAAAUCGGCUAUCCUAAGUAAAGUAAUAGUUGAUAAGACACCUCUUGAGAACAAAAAGAAAGUGUCGGUCCCAGUGCAGCGAGGAAAGAGGGUGUCCUUCAAGUCCUUCUCCCUAAAAUUGGAAUCCUCAGAGUCCAAAGAUGAGGAAGAUAAUAAUACAGAACAGGGAAGUAAAAGCCAGACGGAAAAAGAAGCAACUGUUGCAGAUAAUAAUAACAGAGAUGUGGAUGAUAAAAAAAAAGAAAGUGAUAAGGAUGUAGGAGAAACAAAUAAAGUAUCUUCAAAAUUUUCUGUAAAGAAUUUUAUCAAGAAUUUUGCUAACAAGAUUGAGUCUAAUAAAAUAGAAAAGGAGAAUGUUUCAUUGACCUUGAAGAAAAAAACAGACAAAGAAGAAAUGAAGGAUGAUAAAAAUAUAAGUGAAGAAAAUAAAGUGGAAAAGAAAGAAGCACAGGAUGAGAAUGAGAAUAAAGACAAUAUUAUAAAGAAGGAAAUGUCCAAGGUAAAAGAUGGUAUCUUAAAAAUUAAGCUCCCUGCAUUAUCAAAAAAGGAGCCAAGUAUUGUUGUUACGAAGGAGUCUGCAAAGAGUAAGGCCGCUGAAGAAAAAGUAGGUGAUGAUAAAAAGAUGAUGUCAAGUGGAAAAAGUUCAGAACUGAAAGUAAAAGAUUUAACCACAAAUAGAGAAAAUGAUGAUAAAAAAAAUGAUAAUAAAAAUGAUGAUGAUGAAAAAAAUGAUGAUGAAAAAAAUGAUGAUGAAAAAAAUGAUGAUGAAAAAAAUGAUGAUGAAAAAAAUGAUGAUGAAAAAAAUGAUGAUAAAAAAAAUGAUGAUAAUAAUAAUAACAAUAAUGAUGAUGGUGGUAAGGGCAUAGUAGGUAAACCCAAAAUGGCUUUGCCAAAAAUAAAAAUAGAGCCAAAAAAAGAUAGUUUAAAAAAAAUAUUAUUAAACAAAACGAUAGGGAAAACUUCAACAGCUGAAACAAAAAUGAUGAAUACAAAAGAUGAAGAAGGAGCAAAACCUAAGUUGUCAAUCUUAAAAAAAGAAAUUCCUUUGAAUAAUAAAGAAGAUAGUUCUAAUGUAUCAAAAUUUGCAAAAAUAUCUAAAACAGUGAUGAAUAAAAAUGAUAUGGAACAAAACAAAAUUACUGAAGAAGGCAAAGGAAAUAAAUUUGGAAUGAAAAAGGAAGAAACAGCCAAAGGAGAAGUAGUAAGUGAAAAGAAGAAACCGAGUAAGAGUUCAAUGUUUUCUUUUUUCAAGUUAAGACAAUCGAGGGUAGAAAAUGAAGGAAACACAACUAAAGUAGGUGAAGUACAAAAGGAUGUAUCUGUAACACAAAAAAAGGAAGUAGCAACUAAAGCUAUUGAAAAGGAUGUUUCAAAGAUGAUUAAAUUACCAAUCCAGAAAAAGGAAGCACCCAGUGUAGCAUCACAAGAAAGCGUGGAGAGCGAAGAACUGAAAAGCAAAAUUCAAGAAGCCAAAAGCAAAACCCUAUUAAUUGAUAAAAGCAAGGUACUAAGUAAAUUAUCAAAAAAUGUCCCAGUCAAAAAGGAAAUUAAAAAGUUUGUUCCUAAGCUGAAAAAUUUUGCAUGA